AGAUGAUAAUUUUCUUCCCACUUGAUCCUCCAAACUCUUUUGAGAUAGGUUUUGAAGAGUGAUACCAAUGGCCCAAGUUCAUCCAAUGAAUUUUAUGGAUAAGUGGGAUUUUGAACUGCCAUCUCUGUGAUUCUACAACCUGUCAGGCUUUCCAGAAGAAGCUGGAAAAAUGGAUUCCUCUGCUCAGUUGGGGAUACUAAUACACAAAUUCAUUCUUAUAAGCUCUUUUGCAGUACAAAAAAUUCAAAGUUUUCUGAUGGCCAUUUACCGUGAUUUGCCCCCCCAAAAUAAAUCCCGCCUUGUGGGUUUGUUACCUUCAUUGUUAUCUCUCUGGUAUAGGGCCAUGCAAAUAAAUAUUAUGUUCUCUUUCACAUGGCAGAUAACCCACCUCCUUAAUAGAAAGCUACAGAUAAUGGAAUUAGACUGGCACCGUUUCGCUCGUAGUUGGCAAAGGUGCCCACUGACUUCCUGACAAUGAAUGAAAGCAGUUCAAAACCGUGGCUCUCAUCAAAAGAAGUCUGGGGGUGAACCCUAAGUAGAGAUUGCGACCCGCCACCGCGUAUUUGGGAAGGCUUGCCCAUGGCCACUUUAUGCGUAACUUCCUAUCCGACCUUAACUCUGGAGCUGCCGGUUCUUGAAAUACAACAAUGAGGCGCUUCCUCCUCCGAGCCCUCUUCGGCCACAGCCGAUCCCCGGGAAGAGAGCAAGCUAAGACGCGCCUCGUCGUCGUCGCCGGCCCUUUCCUUCCAGCCCCUCCCCUGAUCGCCCUCUGACUCUCCGUCGAGGCGGGCUAAGGGCGGAGGCUGGUGUUGGAGGGAGGACGGGGCGGGCGGAAGACAGGUCGACGUUGCCCGGGCCGGUGUCUUUCUGCUCCUGCCUUUGCAACGCCGUCAUGGCCGCGGCUCUCCGUCCCGGCGCCUCCUCUGCUGCCGCCUGCCUAGCAAUGUUGCUCGGCUGUCUCGUCUUGCGCGGGGCUUCCGCGUGGGCGUACCAGAUGGAGACAGAGGACAGCGACGACACGGACCCCUACACGCGGCACCUCUACAACGCCGAGAUGCUGCGCCAUGGCGUCCAGAGCGCACCGCACUUCAUCAUGUUCUUCGCCCCGUGGUGUGGGCAUUGCAAGAGUCUUCAUUCAACUUGGAAUGAACUUGCGAAGAAAUACAACAACAUGGAUAAUACACAGGUCUAUGUUGCAAAAGUGGACUGCACUGCAGAUACUCCAGUGUGUUCUGAACAUGAUGUCAGGGGAUACCCAACCCUAAAAUUACUUAGACGACACCAAGAAGAUGCAAAAUAUCAGGGACCUAGAGAACUUGAGUCACUAGAGAAAUGGAUGUUGAAGACAUUAAGAGAGGGAUAUGAUGAGGAAGAACCUAAAUUGAAGCCAUCAAAAGCAUCUGAUAUAAAGCAAGGUCUUUAUGAGCUCUCAGAAGCAAAUUUCAAGCAACAUGUAGCAGAAGGCAAUCACUUCAUCAAAUUCUAUGCCCCUUGGUGUGGCCAUUGCAAGGCAUUGGCACCUACUUGGGAACAGUUGUCUCAGUCCCUUGAACAGUCAAAGUCCGUCAAGAUUGGCAAGGUGGACUGCACACAGCAUGCUGCAAUCUGCUCAGAAAAUCAGGUGCGAGGUUAUCCAACUCUGCUUUGGUUCAGAGGUGGAGAAAAGGUUGACCAAUACAAAGGAAAGAGAGAUUUAGAUUCUUUGAAAGAGUAUAUUGAAUCUCAAUUAAAAGAUUCCAAGGAAGCCAUGAAUGAUGCUAAACCUACCAAAGCACCUAUAGAAACAAGUCCUGAGGGCAAAGUUCUUUCCCUCUCUGAAAAAGAUUUUGAUAAAGAAGUGGCUAAUGGGAUCACUUUCAUCAAAUUUUAUGCUCCAUGGUGCGGACAUUGUAAAAACCUGGCUCCCACAUGGGAGAACCUCUCAAAAAGGAAAUUUCCAGGACCAGUGAAUGUCAAGAUAGCAGAAGUAGACUGCACUGCUCAACGCAAUGUCUGCAACAGAUUUUCUGUCCAUGGCUACCCAACACUCUUACUUUUCCGUAGUGGUGAGAAAAUAACUGAACACACAGGAGCCAGAGAUCUCGAAUCACUGCACAACUUUGUUCUGGGACAGGCCAAGGAUGAACUGUAAAAUUGUACCUGCUUAGUUGCUGCUUCUUUAGCUGGGUCCAGUAAACUUUGAAGUUGAAUCAUGGUAAUGUUAUUGGAUUUCCAAUAGUGGUUAUGCGGGAAACUGGAUGUUCUAAAAUGUGAUAUCGUCUAUGCAUACGUUUGUGUUUUCUAUUAUCUACUCUGCUAAACUUGAGGGAAGAUUACAACAAAUAGUAACUGUUCAAAUUAGGAACCAGUAUUUAUGGUAUUGGUUACAUCAAUGAAUUUCCACUUGUCCUAUGAUGAAAAAAUUGUGUUUUGAAACAAAAAUUAAGAGAAAAAAGGCUUAACAUCAGGACACAUUAGUUUCACUGCAGAUAACACAUUAGUACAAUAUCAGCUACAUAAAAUUUGCAGAAUUUAAUCUCCAUUUGUCAACCUGUUGCAUCACUAACAUAAUCUCCUUCAGAAACCAAAUUAGAAGAAAUUCUAAAGCACACAGACACACAAACACUUAGGAAGCUAUCCCUGGCUAUUUGCUUUCUGUUGUUGUCUCCUCUCAUGAGGACGUGCACUGAAAAUUAAUGGUACUACAGAUGUCUAGAUAUUGGAUGAUGCUACUUCUCAGCUAAGCCCAACACUCCAUUUAAUUAAAUUGCAUGACUUGGCUGUCUUCACAUAGAUUUGAUGUUCAUUUCAAUUCCAAAGAGUAUAAAUAAAAUUUUACUGGGUGAGGAUUGUCCCCUAUUUACAACCUGUCAAAUUCAGAUUAGCUAGAAUCCAUGUUUAAAUAUGAACAAGUAAAACUUUAGAAGUCUAUGAAAGACCUUCUCUUUUCCCAGGUCCACAGUAACAAAGAAAUCAAACUUGCUUAUAGAAUUUUUCUAGAUGAUUUGUAGGUUUGUAUAUUCUCCAGCCCCAUCCAAUCCUGUUUCCAAUUUAGUAUGCCCUAAGAGAAGAGAAUUAAAGCCAAAGACUUUCUUGUGCAAGUAGUGAUACAAGAUCGAACUAUAGCAGCUAAAUCUUGAUCUCAUUUGCAUAUGGAUUAUUGCCAUCUUUCUGGGGCAGAGUUACGGGUCAUUAUCUGCAGGUCUAUACAGAAGAUAUACAAUAUUCAUAGCCAUGUCUAGAUGCUCUGUUUUGUAUUCUAGUUUGUCCUUCCUUCAUUUUUGGAAGGCUAGAGAAUUUGUCCAGAACAAAGCUGGAAAAAACAUUUGUGAAUUAUGGAAGUUAACUGAAAGGGCUAAUCACAUAUGGCAGAGAAAUCAACACAUAUUUCUGCCUUAAAAGGAGUUUUUAUUCAUUUUAAAAACCUAAAGAAGCACAAUCUUAUGAGCUGGCUAAGUUGUAAUUCAUGAGUUUCUUGUACAAAAUCAAGUGGUACAAUUGUUUACACAAUUUCUGAAUAAAUUUUUUUAAAAAAA